AUGUACGAUAUCGAUGGUUCAGACACAAGUGACACAAUCUAUUCCACUGGAAAGGUGCCCGUCAUCUUUCACAAUGAGGCUGGGAACAGCUGGAUCAAGGCGAUCCUAUUAGGCUCCCCAUUCCUAGAGUUUGACGAUUUGACCUAUCUGUCAGCCACAGACCUGUUCGGCACGGGAACUACCUGUUUGGUGUGGACCUCUGCGACUCGAUGGAGCAACGGAGACUUUUCUAACGCUAUUCGAUAUGUUGAUCUCAUGAAUGGUAUCAAAUCACACCUAUUGACAGGGUGGAAAAAUAACAUGGGACUGGAGAACAUGUCAACAUAUAGAUCCUCUCUUUCUUUUUACUUGUCGGACGAGAGUCAAGGUAUCGCAUGGGCUACAAAUCCGCCUGUCCCUAUCCGGUGUAUCGAAAUUGUCAAGGUCCCACGACCAUAUUAA